AUGGGUGAUUAUUCAUUAAUAUUAGAUUCUCUUGUUCAUUUAUCUCAAUUAAUUACUCUUGAAAUUUAUGAAAUGCGAGUAGGAAAAGUACCGUUGAACGGUCAAAGAUGGGAAGAUCUCAUUCGUUCAUCAUUUCCAUUAUUAAAAACAUUUAAAUUUUAUUUUAUAUUUCAUUCAUUAACAUCACAAGAAUUGAAACGACUAGUCGCCUCAUAUUCAACACCAUUCUAUAUUAAAGAAAAACAAUGGUUUGUUUAUUGUAAUAUCUUUGCUAAUUCUAAGAAUAAUCGAUAUGGAAAACUUAGCAUAUUUUAUACAUUGCCAUAUCCUAUGGAAACAUUGACAAUUUAUAAAAAUUCUUUUAAGAAAAUCAUUUCAAAUUUAUCGAUCAAUAAUCAUUCUAAUAUCUAUGCAAAUAUUAAAACGUUAAUAUUUGAAAAUUAUAUCACACCGAAUCAUAACUUCAAUAAAACUAAAAUAAUCAAUUUAGUAAUUAAUACACAAUUCGAAUCUAUUUAUUGGUUACAUUCAUUAACUAAAUUACAGCAAUUACAUAUUGAUCAUUUUGGAUUUAUCUCUAUGGAACAAUUUCAAAUUCUAUUAGAUAAUACACCUUAUUUAUAUUCAUUAUCUUUGAGAAAAAGUCAAUUGAUAAGAUUGACAGAUAACGGGAAUGAUGUUCAUAUAUGUAAUCAUUUGUCACAAAAGAUUCGUGUUUUAAAAUUACAUUCAUAUAAAAAUCCACUAGAAUGUCUGAAUAGACAUGAACUUGAACGAAUACUGUCGAUUUUCGAAACCAAAUGUGAAUAUUUAUCAUUGGGUCUUCAAACAACAACUAAUACAAUCGAUUAUAUUUUAUUACGAAUGUCUGCAUUGAAUUAUUUACAUGUAUUUGUUCAUGAAAAAUUUCGCUUACCAAUAACAAAAACACUAACAAUAGAAUGGUUAGAAAAACAACAAACUCAAUUUAAUCAUUCAAAUUGCAUUAUCAUCAACAAUAUACAUGGAAAUUAUUUUUGGUUAUAA